AUGAUAUCCUCGAACCUGGCAGCUCCUCUGCAGCAGCUGUGGUCGUGGAUUCAAGCGACCCCGGUUCACCUCCUUCUGGCGUGCGUUAUCCUGCUGAUCCUAUCCGGCCUCGCUUUACUCUUCCCCCUUCUCCACCUCGUUGCCCCGAAGCCGCGGCCGGUCAUUCCCUGUGAGAAGACGUACGUCACCUCCUCCCCGACGGGACGACCGACUGCUCCGAGACAGCUGCCGUGCUGGUAUGAUCGCUGGUUGGCCGAGCGCCGGCUCGAGGAGAAGAGACGGGAUGGCCCGCACGGGGCGCCUCGCACCGCCGAUACUUGCACCAUCGAGCCCGCCGAGGUGCGGCUGAGCGUCGUGUUUCCGGCCUACAAUGAGGAAAAGCGGAUAAGACCGACGCUGGAGGAAGCUGUGGAUUACCUGGACAAGCACAUAGGUCGGGACAAGUCGGCCAGGGCAUCGCUCCCCCUCGGCCCCGGCGCCAGACGGCACCACCACUGCGCCAGCUCGGCAUCUGCUGCGACGACGACCAGCAAAGAGCCCGGCGGCUACGAGAUUCUGAUUGUCAACGACGGAAGCAGCGACAAGACGGUCGAGGUAGCCUUGGACUUUGCCGGAGAGCACGGUCUCGACGACAUUCUCCGGGUCGUCACCUUGGUCAAAAACAGAGGCAAGGGCGGUGGUGUUACGCAUGGGCUGCGCCACGUCAGGGGCGCAUACGUGCUGUUUGCAGAUGCCGACGGCGCGUCCAGGUUCAGCGACGUGGCCAAGCUGAUGGAAGGAUGCGAAGAGGUCGUGGACGGCUCUCUCCGCGGCGUUGCCAUUGGCAGUCGCGCCCAUCUGGUCGGCAGCGAGGCCGUAGUCAAGCGCUCCGCCCUCCGCAACUUUCUCAUGCGCUCCUUUCACCUGGUGCUCACCAUCCUCACCCCGCCCGCCACGUCGCGCAUCCGCGACACGCAGUGCGGCUUCAAGCUAUUCACGCGCGAGUCGCUCCCCGACAUCGUCCCCUACAUGCACACCGAGGGCUGGAUCUUCGACAUUGAGAUGCUCAUGCUGGCCGAGUCGGCGCCCGCCACGCCCGUGAUUGGCAGCGACGGGAGUGUUAUCGGCACCAGCCCCGGCAUCAAGGUGGCCGAAGUGCCCAUCGAGUGGCACGAGGUGGGCGGCAGCAAGCUGAACGUCCUCCAGGACAGCGUCAAGAUGGCCCUUGGGCUGGCAGUCUUGCGGGCCAGCUGGAUGAUGGGUGUGUACAGACGGCGGCUGACGUGA